AUGAUCUCCCUCUUCUCAUAUAAGAACCGAACAGCUCUCACCUCACGCAACGUUACAUCCUUCAAAAGUUUCCUGUCAUCAUCAUCCACCUCCUCCAAGCCCAUUCCGCAGAAAAUCUGGUACAAACUCGGGGCGAAGGGCAUUUCCUCUAAAAUCCAAGAAUGGACGGCCACCUGCAUAUCGAAAAAUCCCACCUACGUCACCGAAUUCCUUACUGACGACUCUGCCGACGAGUACGUAAAAGUCCACUUCUCUCACCGCCCGGACAUCGUCGACACCUACCUCUCCCUCCCCAUCCCCAUCCUCAAGGCGGAUAUGCUCCGCUAUCUUCUUCUGAUUGCGGAAGGGGGCAUCUGGAAUGACCUCGACGUAAGUUGCGGAGACAUCCCGAUACGUGACUGGAUACCCGAACAAUUCAAGAAAGAUGCAAACCUAGUCGUAGGAUGGGAAUUCGAUGUUGGCUGGGGCGAAUCUAUCAUUCGCCAAUUUACCAGUUGGACCAUAAUGGCCAGGCCCGGCUCCAAGCACCUGGAGAUGGUCGUUCUUGACAUUCUGGAUGCAAUUGAUAAGACCAAGAAGAAACAUAAGCUGGCCAAAACGACAGAGUUGCAGAUGCCAAUGCUGGGUGAUAUUGUCGACUUCACGGGCCCGAGAAGAUUGACAAGUGGCAUCUUCAAAAGUCUCAGUGAAGAAUUGGGUGGGGAAGUGAAUGCCGGGAAUGCAUCGAAUCUACUGAGUCCCAAGCUGCUUGGCGAUGUCUUGAUUUUGCCUGGAUUUGCAUUUGCGAGUUCGACAAAUAGAUAUGAGGGUGUAAAGGGGCCGGAUGGGAAGGAUUUUGAACCUGGCCCAUCGUUGGUUACACAUCAUUAUGCAGGGUCGUGGAGGAAUGAGCAUGGUGGGGAGGUGGUGUAA